AUGGGGUCGGCGGAUCCAAAUAUUUCAAGGAAAAAUAAAGAGAGGGAAAAAAAUCCUGUAUUGAGGGAAUUCCUACAACAACCCCUUAAACAAAUAUCAAAGACUUCAAGUUCAUUCGGAUUGAUCUGUUCCCAAAACUAUAACCUGGGCUCUUGUAUGGAAAAUAUAGGUCUGAUCCAGCAUCCCAAUAACACUCCACAAGAAUAUAUUUCCUCAACCCUUGACUUCUCGGAUAUGGACGAUCAAAGUGUACUUAACCAAAAGUAUCUGGUACCCGACAAGCCCACACCAGCCCAACAUUUGAAGACAUCAGAAAAGACAUCUCUAUCAGUGAAGACCAUCCUCAAAACAGAAAAUCAGCACCAAGCAAUUUAA